AUGGCUGCUGUUCCCGGUCCCGUUUAUGGCCUCGAGGUCCCGCCUGGAGAGGUGUUGAUCCCGGCCAACUUGGAAUUCCCUGCCUCUUUCCGCAUCACUAUGGCCGCUUUGGAUCCUACUGAGGAGGCCGAUGUUGAUGAUUCCAAGAACGCCCCCUCCAUCCCUCGAUCAACUCUGCGUCUGGUCAAGCGCGCCUUCUCCAGCUACAACGAGGACGAGGAUGACGAGCUCAGCGAUCAAUACAUGAACGCUCUCCUCGGAGGCUCUGACGACGAGGAUGACGAGUCCAACGGUGGCCCUAGCGACCUCUCCAAGGCUAAGAAGCAGAAGCAGGCUGCUGCAAUCAAGAAGCUUCUGGAGGCCGCCAACGGCGUUGGCUCUGAUGAUGAGGAGAUGGAGGAUGCUGAGGCCAAGCCCAAGAAGGGCAAGAAGGCCGCCCCCAGCGCCAAGGGCAAGGGCAAGGCUGUUGUGGAAGAGGAGGAAGACUCCGAGGAUGAAGAAGACUCCGAGGACGACGACAGCGAGGCAGGCGAUCUUGAGAAUUUCGUCGUUUGCACUCUCGACACCGAGCGGAACUACCAGCAACCUCUCGAUAUUACCGUCAACCAAGGCGAGAAGAUUUUCUUCGUUGUCUCAGGCACACACACUGUUUACCUGACCGGUAACUACAUUAUGGACGAUAAUGAGGAGGAUGAGGAUGAGGAUGAGGAUGACUACGACCUUUCUCCCGAUGAGCUGGACUAUGGCCUAGGUGAGGAUGACAGCGAAGAGGAGAGCGACGACCUCGAUGAUCUUGAGGAUCCUCGCGUUACUGAGAUCGAGUCCGAUGAAGAAGUCCCCAAGCUGGUUCCUACCGACAGCAAGAAGGGCAAGAACAAGCGUUCUGCCGAGGAAGCCGAGGGCCUUGACGAGCUGAUCUCCAAGGCUUCCGAGUCUAAGCUUUCCAAGAAGCAACAGAAGAAGCUCAAGAACAACAAGGGCGAGGCUGUUGCCGCCGAGGAGAAGGAGGAGGCCAAGAAGGAUGCCAAGAAGGUCCAGUUCGCCAAGAACCUCGAGCAGGGCCCCACUGGAUCAACCAAGCCGGCCGGCAAGUCUUCUCUCGGUGUCAAGAACGUCCAGGGCGUUACCGUUGAUGACCGCACAAUCGGCAAGGGCCGCACCGUCAAGAACGGCGACACCGUUGGUGUCCGCUACAUUGGAAAGCUCCAGAACGGUCAGCAGUUUGAUGCCAACAAGAAGGGCAAGCCCUUCUCUUUCAAGAUCGGUCGAGGCCAGGUCAUUAAGGGCUGGGACGUUGGUAUUGUCGGCAUGGCCAUCGGCGGUGAGCGACGACUGACAAUCCCUGCUCACCUGGCUUACGGCUCAAAGAGCCUGCCUGGCAUUCCUGCCAACAGCCAGCUGACUUUCGACGUCAAGCUUCUUGAAAUCAAAUAA